AUGGGUAAUUUCAAUUUGGAUAGCUGGAAGAAAAAGCGACGAAGAACAGUUGGUGCAUACCUAUUGUGUGGUGCUAUCGUAGGUGUAGAUUACAGUGUUGUGUUUGCAACACUGUAUCCAUAUCUCACAGAUUUGGUUAAAACUGAUAAACCGAAGUUGUAUUAUGGAUUAACUAUAGCAUCAUUUUGUUUAUGCUCGACGAUACUGGGACCUCCUGCUGGCCGUUUUAUUGACAAAACUCGUAAAAUGAAAUUGUACACAAACUUUGUACUCGUAGCACAAAUUAUUGGAAAUCUAUUAUAUGCUAUUCACUUUCAUCCAAUUUAUUUAGUUAUUGGUAGAUUUAUUGCGGGUAUAGCCAACACAUUCGGUAGCAUCUGCUCUGGUGAAAUUGUUCGACUUUACGACAGCAACGAGGGUACGAGCGCAUUGUGGUGGCUAGCUUCAUCCUACUCUGUUGGAUUUGCUCUCGGUCCAUGUUUUGGUAUUAUUUUUAAAGGCGCGUUCGAGUUUAACAUUGGAUCUCUCACAAUAAACUACCUAAAUUUUGUUGGAAUAUUUGUGGCUGCAAUGACACUCCUUGUGUUAAUAAUUGUCAACUUCUUUCUGUAUGAUUGUUCUGCUGAGUUUGAUCUAAAAAAGCAUAUAAAAGAACAUGAUGAGUGUUGUACAAGCCCAAAUAAUGACACAGAAUGUGGUGCAGGUGAAAUUCGUAUGAGUGAAUUAGACUUUAGUGCAGAGGUAGAUGUCGAUAAAGAAAUGCUAAUACAACAUGACUGUGACCAUUCUGUAGCAUUAGUGUUGAAAACCAUCAUUACAAACCCAGACGCUUUGUUAAUGUUUGUAUCUUCUUUUAUGUUUAUGUACUGCUUAAUGAGCCUAGAUCUACUUAUACCAUUGAUAGAGUUAAAUUUAUUGGGAUGGAGUUUAGAAGCUUUAACGUUAACUUUAGUGACGUAUGGCAUUACGUACUUCUUUGCGCUGUUAAUUUUAUCAAAAUAUUGCACUUCAAAACGUGCUGUGUACUAUGUAAGUUUGGUCUGUAUUGUCUUUCAACUGGUUUUGUUUGUUAUAAUGAUUGCCAUGAAACGAUUAGAACGAAAUUUGGAACGUGAUGUAACACUGAUGGUUCUUUUUAUGAUCGGUUACAUUUUUGUGUGGUUCAUUGAAAUGGUUUUGUUGCGAACUAUGGUUGCAAAAAUGGUGCCAUCCAAUAUACAAAGAUUUACUGAAGCGUUACGGAAAGUUCUAUCCGGUUCGGGAACUGUUAUAGCUGCCUUAACAGAGGCAUUUGCAAUAUCAGCGUUAGAUUGGUGGUCAAUUGGAAUGGAAAUUGCAGUUUUGAUAUUGCUUUUUCGUUAUCAUUUGAGUUUUAAGGAGUUUAAUAAACCUUGUAUAGUAUAUUGUGUGACGAAGUUUGUGUAUUGUGUAACAAAGCUUGUUUAUUGUGUGAAAAAGCUUGCGUAUUUUGUGACAAAGCUUAUGUAUUGUGUGACGAAGCUUGUGUAUUGUGUGACAAAGUUUGUGUAUUGUGUGACAAAGUUUGUGUAUUGUGUCACGAAGCUUGUAGUUCACAACGUCACAUAUAACAAUAAGCAGAUACUCACAAAGGUAAAAUCAGAUAUCCAUAAUUAUUCAGUCAACUUUGUGAUAUUCGUUGACGCGCAACAGAGUAGACUAUCAGCAAAGCCAGACUGA